CUCAAGUCAACACACUGUUAUCAUUAAACAAUUUGGAAUCAAAAAAAUUUUUAUUACUCGUUCCAUCUUGAAAUCUAUCAUCGUUAUUGAAAUAAGAAAAAAAUGGGUCCCUUAAAUAAAUUGAUCAUCUAUAGCCUUUCAAUGAUCAUAUUGCCCAUAAUGAGCUAUUUUAUUUCUGAUCAUUUUUUCAAAAGUUUUACCACAGAUCAUUGGUCCAAUAUUUAUUCGGCCAUUGUAGCCGUAUUGGUUGUACAUUGUAUACUAUUCUCUUUUGUCUAUCAGGCUUACAAUGAGGAUCGUGUCGAAGAACAACGUAUUCAGGAGAAGAAAGCCGAAUAAAAUUGUAUGAUUUUGAUACUUUUUUU